UGGGUGUGGACACCUCUGGGCAUGUAGAUAAAGCUGGGUGGAGUGGAGAAGCAGGGCUGGCUGUUGUGCAUGGAGGGAAAUGACUGUCAGGAGGAACCUGUGAGGAAACUUCUUUUAGCUUACGCCACAAAGAGGCAGCUUGAAAUAGUUGUUGCUGUCUUGGAGGAAUCGAGUUUCAAGGCGCUGCUUUUUCCAAGAAAAUCGACGAAGAGACAAGAAACGGGCCGCUGUGCUUUAGGGAAAGACUGAAGACUCCAGCGUGUCAGCGCCAUGGGGAAAUCAGCCUCAAAGCAGUUUGCUGAGGAGCUGCUACAGAGCCACAACGAGUACAGGAGGAAGCACCAGGCCCCCCCACUGAAGCUGAGCAGCAAGCUGAGCAGGGAAGCUGCAUGUUAUGCUGACAGCCUUUCUCGUACAAGAAUCCUGAAGCACAGUGAAGAGUCCAGCAGGGGGAGCUGUGGAGAAAACCUGGCGUGGGCCUCCUACGACCAAUCAGGAAAGGACGUGGCAGAUCGCUGGUAUGAUGAGGUGAAGAAAUACAACUUCAGCCGCCCCGGAUUCUCCUCCGGCACUGGUCAUUUCACAGCCAUGGUGUGGAAGAGCAGCAAACAGCUGGGUGUUGGAAAGGCCAUCGCGUCAGAUGGUUCUUCCUUUGUGGUGGCCAGAUAUUUGCCUGCUGGGAACAUCACCAACCAGGGACACUUUGAGACCAACGUCCUCUCGGCUAAAACGAGCUCUUGAGGAGAAAUCCAUCCCUGUUGUACAAAAACAUUAACCCGCCAGUGGAGAGUCCUCUGGAGAGCUUCACGUCCUGGAUGGAAAGGCUAAUCUUGUACGGGUUUUAGGAGAAUAAGAUGUGCUUUCAUCCUGACUUUAGCAUUUGGCACAGUGCAGAAGUAAGAGGUCACUGCUGUUGAAAUGGUUUUAAACAUGGUUCAUCUUGUAAUUCUGUUUUCCAUUAUUAAUGUUUAUUUUUGUGGGUUUUUCACACUGAAGUACAGCAAAGUGAAGUUAACGUGCAUAAACAAACAGAAACCUAACACUUAAGCUGUAUUCACACAGACUGAAGCAGGCGGGGCCUCGCUGACUCACUCUGUAACCAGUUCUGUGCAAUAAAGUUGAGAAACUGUAAUAAAAAUGUUAUUUGUGUGAAAAAGAAAGAAGAA